AUGAGCACAGAGGACUCUGGCAAUGGGACCUCUCCCACCCCGCCUCUCCCUGGGCUUCUGCUUCCCACCACAGAGCCGGUCCCACCCAGUGCAACGUCCCCUGAGGUGACAGACUGGCUGCCCAUCAUCGUCGGGCUCGCCUGCAUCUUCCUGGUCCUGGCCACCCUCCUCAUCUUUGUCACCCUCUGCAAGCCAGCAGCGCUGGGCCGGUCCCUCUCCAGCCCCCAGGAGUGCCUGCCCCACCACCCCGUGGAUGCCAGCGAGCCCCAGCUGAGGCUCUGGAAGCGUCUGGGCUCCCUGAGGUGCUCCAUCAGCAGCUUCAGGAGGAGCCAGAUGGUGUCUCAGAGCCCGCUCACCCGUCCCAGAAGCUUCUCCACCAGCCAGGACUGGGACAUCAUGGAGUCCACCAAAAUGUGAUCCUGCCCUGCUGCUCUUCCCCAGGCUUUUGGCUCCCUUCUCAAGCACCCCUUUGUAUCCUGCACAACCCAGCAGAAACCCUUUGAGCAACUCCUUUCCAGGCAGUGGCUCUGUGAGGAGAUUUUGCAGUGUCAGGUUCCCAAAUGCUUUCCAGGUUACUGCUUCCUGCCAGGGAAGGUGGAGGCAUCCAAACUGCACCCACGCACAGCUACCACCGGGCCAUCCAAAAAAAAAAAAUUCCUUGCUGCUUCAUUUCUUUUGGAAAACAUUGUGCAAGUUGUGCUCCACCUGAACAAACAGCCUGGAAGAGAGUGGGAGCAACCUGGCCACCUGAAGAGAGGCAGCCCAGGGUAAACCUGCUCCACCUCAGUGGAGGUUUGCCCCCGGAGCAGCUGGAGGGAGGCUCGUACCCCCAGGUGCUGCCUGGUCCCUGUCACCCCUCUCCAUCCCAGGGGCUGUGGAUUGCUGUGGUCAAGGCAUUCCCAUUCCUGCUCUCUGGCCCUGGUCUGCCUGGUUUUGGGAGAAAGGGAUGGGGAAACAUUCAGAGACUCUCCUGCUGCCCUGGGGAUGUGGGGAUCCAUUGGAAGGGAGGGGCCUCCUGUACAAAUGGUUCACACUGAAGGUGUAAAUUAAACCAAAGCUGGGUGAUGGCUCAUUUCUGUUUCUCUUCCAUGCUGUU